AUGAACGCGCACAGUCAUGUCUUGGUAGUGGUGGCGCUUUUGUGCCUCGCAGGCAUCACGUAUGCCAGGCUCCCGGAUCCCCAGAAAGGGUGUGAUCUAUCGGACGGCCGAUGGGUUCGCGCCGCCAACCGGUUCCCACGUUACACGGGGCUUUCGGGAGAGUGGAACUCAUGUCCGUACAUCAGGUCGGAAUACUCGUGCCAGCGCAACAACCGGCCUGAUAACUACUACACGCAGUAUCGGUGGCAGCCGGACAAGUGUGUCAUAUCUUACUUCAGCGCUCCCGGCUUUAAAUACAUGAUGCGCAAAAAGAACAUGCUGGUGGUGGGCGACUCCAUCAUGAUGAACUUCUACGAGUCGCUGCUCUGCCUCAUCAACACAGGCGGAUACAAGGGCGAGGAGUUGUCCCUUUCCACCAAUGCCACAUUCGAUAUCCGCCGCGUUCGCUUCUCCGCGUUCUCCGGCUCCAUCGACUUCUACUUCGCGCCGUACCUGGUGCGCGCCACCAAGUUAUCCAAGGACAGCAGCGGCAAGGCGGGCGGCGGGCACGCGCACGACGUGUACGUGAACGAGGUGGACCCCACGCUCGCCAAGAUCCUGCCCGACUACGACGCCGUGGUGCUCGGCACCGGCAUCUGGUGGCUGCAGAACAAGCCCGGCUUUCGCGAGCCCAACCAGUUCUACGCCAACGGCGAGCACCGCAACCUCACCAACUCGGCGGCGCACACGUGGGGCAUCUCGACGGUCGCGAAGUAUAUCAAGUCGAGCAACUACAGCGGCGUGCCAUACUUCCUCUCCUACUCUCCCAAGCACGGCGGCCGCGGCGCACCGCAGCCUGGCGUGAAGAACAAGAAAAAGGGACCUGAAUUCCCGGAGUGGGUGGGAGCGUGCGGUGCACGCGGCCCCAUCGACGAGGAGGAGAAGAUCAAGUACGUUAACACGCUGCCCUCCGCCAAGGCGUACGCUGACGCGCAGCAGGUGACUCUGGCGGGCACGCCGGUCCGCUUCCUCCCUGUUACGCAGAUGAGCGAGGUACGCCCCGACGGGCACCUGGGCGUGUGGUGGCAGCCGCGUAACCAGACGGGUCCGGACUCGCCAGGGGGCAGGAAGGAGUCGCCCUUCACUGGCGAUUGCACGCACUGGUGCCUACCUGGCGUGCCAGACGCCUGGGUGGAUGUCCUCUUUACCAACAUGAAGUUCGAGGAUAACUUCCAAUAG